AUGGUGAAGCACCGAGUUUUAAAGAUCAAGGAGAAGAUAGACAUCAUUCACACCAUCGAGCGAGGAGCAAAGAAGUCAGCAUUGGCACGCGAGAGAGGACUGCCACUAACGACAGUUUGCGGGGUGUGGUACUCCAGAGAGAUUUCGAGAAGUUUUGCUUCCACCAGCGUUAACCGGUGCCGUGUGCGUGGUUCCGCGUUUCCAGAUGUUGAAGCUGCGGUGGUGCAAUGGCUCAAGCAAGCGCGGGCAAGAAACCUGCCAGUCAGCAGUCCACUCCUGAUCGAGAAGGCCCAAUGUUUUGCCUUGCAGUUGAACCAUGACGACUUCGUGUGCAGCAGUGGUUGGCUGGCAAGAUUCAAGGCCCGGCACAGCAUCAAGGCACGGGUUGUAUCCGGCGAAGCCGCAGCGACAGACAUAGACGGUGCUCACGACUGGAAGAACGGAAAGCUGCAGGAAAUUCUCGGUGGUUAUGCUCCCGAGGACAUAUUCAACAUGGACGAGUCUGCGCUAUUUUACAGACUUCUGCCUCACAGAACCUUGGCAUUCAGAGGCGAGGUCUGUACCGGCGGGAAACAUGCCAAGGAAAGAAUCUCCGUUGCCCUUUGGGGUCAACAUGACAGGUAG